CAUGCUUUCUGCAAAGGCCUGGCUUAGAGCUAGUUGGUAUAUUACAAACCUUGCAAGGAAAACGCUUUCUAGCCUUCCAAUGUUCAUGGCACCCUUCAGGCCGAUGACAAGUACGCCUACAGAUGUCUCCAGUUCUGAGUAA